AUGCAGGAUCUUGCAGAUCCAGCCUUCACAUGUGCGUGCUGCCGAUACUUCCUCGCUCAAUGUAAGCGUCUUGCGCAGAAGGUAUUGGUCCGAUUUUCUGGCCAGACCAAGACGCAAUUGCAUUCUCGUUCCAUUGGCCUUGGGAUCAUAUUCGACGACGCCAUUCCUCCCGACCUCCGAAUCAGUGAUGUGAGCGCGCAGCUUCAUCUGCCUAGUCGCCUCGCCGCCAAGACCUCAAUUAGCGUGUUAUCGUGCCCUCAAGAAUCCAAGAGCGCCGCCUUGCCAGCAUGGCGUACGUUUCCCACGAGUAUCGAUGACAAAUUGAUGCAGAUCCGAACAUGGCUGGAGGUUUGCGAAAGAGAUCAUCCCGCGUGUCGUCCCAUCGACCGCAUCUCUAUGCCCACGAGGCUGAUCAAGCUCGAUCUCAAUGCUAGCACGAUGGUAGCAAAGCUUGUACAGGCGGCAGAGCUCGGUGGCUCCGAGCCCACGUACACGGCCCUGAGCUAUUGUUGGGGUGACACACGACCUUUUCGACUUCUCCAGGGCAACCAUGAGGCGCUGACGAUCGAUAUCCCAUGGGCCGAGCUGCCUUUGACUGUAAGAGAUGCUAUGUGUUACACUAAAGCUCUAAACAUCGGCUAUAUCUGGAUAGAUUCGCUCUGUAUCAUUCAGGAUGAUGUCAAGGACUGA